AUGUCCCAGCAGGAUAGAUACCUAAUCGUCCUGUCUUUGAUUUCCGGUAGAAAUUUUGCUGACAAGUCACCAGGCAGCUUGGUAGUCGAGGCCAAAUUGGAUGGAGAGGUACUCGUCACAGACCCCGUCGCACACACACACAGUCCCCAAUUCGACCAGGAACUCGCUUGGGAGGUGGACCGUCAGACGCUCAAGCAGCACCGUCUCCAUCGCAGCUCCAUAAAGCUGCAGCUGUUUUCUGUGGAAGGCGGUGGCUCCUCGAAGUUGGCACGGGAGCCACUUGGCUACGUCGUCCUCGAUGUUCGCUCUGCCAGUGAGCGCCAAGUCUACAAGUGGUUCCAGGUGUUGAGCUCCAGGUGUCGACCCAGCCCGGAAGUCUACUGUGGUCUGUACAUCGAUCAGGAGGGAGCUUCGGAUGGCGCCAAGUGUGUGUCGCUUGAGGUGAAACGCUACAGCGAACCAGGUCAAAGUGGCGAUGGGGAGAUUAUUCAAAUCGGACCCACAACUCCGGCUGUUGACGACUUUGCUCUCUCAAUUUCCGUGGUCUCGUUUCUUCACCUGUUGAACCUGCUCCCCUCCGACCUCGUUCCAGCUUCGAGUCUAUCCAAUCUCAGACUGGGUUUGCGAUUUGCUGGCCAGGACUACUCUAGCGCUGUGUUCAACGAGCAGGACUGUACGAAGCUGACUGCAAACCAGUGGACAUUUACCAUCAGGUCAACGGUUGACUUUCUUCGGGCGUAUUUCUCACAAGACAACGCGAUUGGCAUCACUUUCUUUUUGAAUGACAAGCCGAUUGGUCGGACUCAAUCGAAUUUGUCCAGUUUGGGUUAUCGAAUUGGCAAGUCUCUGCCUCAACCAAUCAAUGCCGACGCAACAUUCACGCUUUCAGCUCUCCAAGGCCAGGGCACGGCAUCUCUCGUCUUGCAAUUCAACCUAGAACAGAUCGCUCCGAUGAAGUCAGGCGAUGCUGGAAAUGAAACCACCCACGUGACUGAUGAACCGUCAACCCAGCAAAGCAAUAAUGCGUUGAGCACGAUUGAAUCCAGUCCUGAAGAAAAAAUCCAGCAACUUGUAAGUCUCUUUUUGUCCUCUUUGUGUGAAGAAUGUCUGGUCCUUCUAUUCUGCCUUAUCCCGCCAAUCCAGAACGACGAAUGCCUCUCGCCACCGACCUUGGAUAUCGAUCGUGCAUUGGGUCCGCCGCUAGCCAAUCAGCAGUCAAUGGAAUCAACCAAUCAGGGCACUUCCUCUACAACCGCGUUCUCGCAAGCGCCCCCAGGGGCAACUCAGCCGCAUCGUUUCUGCUACACGAUCGAACUCAGGACCAUCAGGGCUUGCUACACCCCGGAGAACGACGUCUACGUCUACGCCAGAUACGUGUAUCCGCUGUUUGGGACGACGAAUCCAAUAAUGACACUUCCGCCGAUUCAACUGUCCUCUAGUGAAGCGAAGCACUUCUCUCAAGGCCUGUGCGCCUUCGAACUUGCUGCCGAUUCUGCUGAGUUUAAAUCUCGUCUUUCCGAUGAACCCCUCAUGACCCAAAUCCUCGCCCGCUCUCCAGGCUCAGGCAGUGAGGAGUCCCUGAUAGGCUGGGCAAUCAUACCCCUCGCCGACGUGUUCACGAAACCAGUUGCUGACAUGAAAAGUUGGAGCUCCACCACUCCCGCCACCGUAACGUCCACCACCGCCUCCAUCACUACCACAACCACCAACACCACCAUCACCACUACCUCAACUAGUGCCACCUCCGCCAACACCGCAGUCACCGGCACUACCACCUCCUCCUCCUCCUCCACCACCGCCACCACCUCCUCCUCCAUCAACGCCACCACCACUACCUCCAUCACCACCGCCUCCAUCACUACCGCAACCACCAACACCACUACCAAAACAACCGUCACCUUCACUUCCUCCUCCACCAACGCCACUACCACCUCCUCCUCCAGCACCACUACCUCCAUCACUACAAAAACUACAGCCACCUCCACCACCAGCACCACCACCAACACAGUCACCACCGAUGUCUCUUUCUUGUGGAAAUUUCCAAUAGGCGUAACAUUGUAUUAUUCAAAUCUACUAAGAUUGUCAACGACGACGGCUGGACGGCACGGUUACACAGAAGCUCCAACAGCGUACCUUCAGCAGCCAGGAGACCAUGAGUUGUCAACAGGCCAACUACAACCGCUAACCAACAUCCGCCACACCCCUGAAUACCGAGCGGCCCUUGAACUGGAGCUGUGGAAGGCCAAGGAGGAGGAGAGCUUCAAGACCAACCUGAAGUUCCGCGAACAGAAGAUGCUGGUGGUCUUUGCCGAGGAGUGGAAACGUCGCGAGAAUGAGAGAGAAGCACUCUGCAAGAAGAAGAUCCAGGAAUAUCGGGUGCUGGAGGACAAGCUACAGAAUGUCCUGGGAACUCUGAUGGACCGGGAGAGGGAGUUCACUUUCAGGGAGGCCGCCUUCAAGCAGGCUCAGCGGGAGUACGAGAAGGACCUUGACCGGCGGGAGAAGGAACUCAUGAGCAGCGUCAAGGAGAGGGUCAAGGAGGCGGAACAGGCGCUGAGAGUUGAACAAGAGCGAAGCCGAUGUCUCAGUGAUGAGCUGAGCCAGUUGCGCGAAAAGUAUCACGAUCUGGUGGAGAAGGUAGCCAUCGAGCAACGGAGACCUCAAACGGUCUCGCAGGAGGCUGCCGGCACGUCGAGCACCAGCGGGGUUGAAGAGCAGGUGCGACGCGAGCAGGAGGAGGUGCGCAGGCUGCAGUUUGAACUCGUCCGCGUCACCACUGAGCUGACCUCGGCGCAGGGCCAGAUCGCGGCCACUGCGCGACGCCUGGACGCCGCGCUGCGCGGCCGCCUGCGCUACAAGGAGCUGUGGACGCGAGCUCUGCACGAGGUCGCGCGUCUCCGGCAGGAGGCUGAGAACACCACCAAGCACGCGCUUCAACGCCGCGAAGCCGAGGUGGAGGGUCUGCGCAAAGAGUAUCGACUCCUCGUUCACGGUGGCGACACUGCUGUGGCCAACAAUGCCUUGACCGAGACUGUUGAAGACGGGACCAAACACCCCCUAUCACCCCAGAAGCCCGCCACUUCAGAUCCGGUCUUAGAGGCACAGUUGAACCGACUGACCGAAGAACGCCAGAACCUCCUCGCUUCAGGGGUUUACUGUGAGGAGGAUGAGUUGAUUGUGGAUCUGGAUCGCGAGAUCAAGCGCCUACUCGGCACGAUGCGCCGGUAG